AAUAGUGUGAUACCCAGUUCAUUCCCCCCCCCCCAAUCUGUCAGCAGCUAAGUUUACCGUUUCAUUGCGGUUUGUUCUAAUUUUCUUGAAAUAAAAAGGAAUUGGUUCUCUUCACACUUCUUCUAAUGACUGUUUCCUGGGCAUUUUUAACGUGUCUUCUUUCAUAAUUUCUUCUGGAGCAAAGUUUGACCUCCAAGCUUUUUAAUGUAACCGUUGGGAUUCCAAAUUUGAUGACAGCAUCAAAUCCUUCAACCUGGGUUUGAUUUCGUUGACCCUCUUAAAAUAUUGUCUGUCUGGUUCUUCUUGUUUUGCAUUAAUGAGAAACGCUCCUAUAAAUUUGGGUUUUUGACGCUGUCUCAUGCCUCUGAAUAGAAGUGGGAUCUGGUAAAUUUUGUUUGCUGUUGUCACUCGAACUUUUGGGGAAUUUGUAUUUUUAAGAGAGAUUUAUCAGUCAUCUCUAAAAAUUUAUGUUCAUAUUGUACCUAUGUAGCUUACCUGAUAAAAUCUUGAAAACAAAGCAGAAGAGUAACUGUUUCUCUGGAUUGUGGCAGGUAUAGACAUUUUUUCAUAGCGUUUGCAGCAAUAAUUCAUCUUCACUAAUGGAAUCUUGGAGUUACGCCUCAGAAGAGAAAGGCUAUGUGUUUUCUGAUGAAAUGGAUUUCUCACUGGAUGCAUAUAUGAGAGGUAGAAGAGCAAUGGUUGAAUGGGACAGUAAAGCCUCUUAUAUCUUUGAGAAAGAUGGGUUUGUUUCAGAUAAAGAGGUAAUUAAAAGCGUGGAGUUUGUGGACUUGGGGUUUCCUGAUUUGUUCAGGAGGCCUGUUCGUGGUAGCCAGCCAUUGGAAGCAUCAAACUGUGAACAAGACAGCGAUUCUAGUAAGAAAGUUAAUUCCUCUCCUCAUGUUGCUCUAAAUUCACCUUCGGGAGAAGUAGAGUCUGAGUCAAGGCAUUCAUGUUCUCUAGUUGAAUCUAAGAUUCAUGAUUCUUCACUGAUUGAUUUAAAGCUAGGGAGAUUAGGAGAUUGUAAAGAUGCAAGUAGUGGUAAAAAUGACAAUGAGGGGUUCACUUUUCAACCUAUGUAUCCGGCCACGCUUACAAAGAGAGCUCGCACUUCCAGCUUACCGACUCAAACACCUGUCUGUCAAGUUUAUGGUUGUAACAAGGAUCUUAGCUCCUCAAAAGAGUACCACAAAAGGCACAAAGUUUGUGAUCUUCAUUCCAAGACAGCCAAAGUUAUUGUUAAUGGCAUUGAACAGAGGUUUUGUCAACAGUGCAGCAGGUUUCAUUUGCUAGCUGAGUUUGAUGAUGGCAAGCGCAGUUGUCGUAGACGCCUAGCUGGACACAAUGAACGUCGAAGGAAGCCUCAGUUUGAUUACAUCUCUAGUAAACCACAGAAGAUACUGCAGUCAUGUCAAGGUACCAAAUAUUUCGGGGCUUCAUUACAGAAGAGACCCCAGUUUGCCUUUCACGACAUGUUUCAAAGUGGCAUUUUUUACCCGGGAAAGUAUGAACAAAGCAAUCAGAUUGGACACAUCAAAUUUGAAGAUGAAUCAAUUUACAGUUCUCAAUUAGCAGUACCCAUAACAAAUGGUCAAGAGUUAUCCAGGGCCUCCAACUCCAGAAGUUGUGCUCUCUCUCUUCUGUCAGCUCAGUCACAGGAUCUAACAUUCUACUCAGCUGGUUCCCUUAUUUCUCAAGGCAUCUGCGCACUGCACAGUGAUGGCCAAGUUUCUGAAACACCUUUUGGGGUAAGCUCUCUGGACAAAUAUGUCCCAAGUCAGUCCUUUUCACGUGAGAUAAACUCUGUGGAAGUUACCAAGAACAGACCCAUAAUGCCUUCUGAUGCUGGUCAUGCUCUUCAACUUGAAGUCCAUGGAGAUGAUACUUACAAACCAUCAGAUUUGUUAAAUGCCAAACAUCAUUUUCCUGUUGAACAUGUUUCCACUGUUGAUCUGUUCCAAUUGUCAUCGCAUCUUCAAAGGGUGGAGCAGCAAAGAAAUUCUCUUCAAGUGAAGCACGAAAAUGAGGACAGCUGUUUUUUUCCAACCAUGUGAGGACUGAGAGGCGUAAGCUUAGUUCAUCAACACACCCAUUUUAUUGGGGUAUCUUUGUUGUCAUAUCCUAUAAUAUUUAGGACUAUUUUCUCAAUGAAUGUCAUUCAUUUUAGCAUGUUAGGGGAGGCUAGGAAAACCAUAGCCAUGGUAGUUUAUGUUCAAGUAGAGGGGAAGGGAAAUCAAGAAAUAGACAUCCAUCUCUAAUUGUAUAGCACAGACACCACUGGCACAUAAGAAGAUCUAGCCAUUUGUUUGAAAUGUACAAGCAAAUGCAGUUUCUUUCGUCUUGUGUAGCUAUCCAAUAUUGAAACUGAAGCUCAACACUUCAACAUGUCAUUAUGGCAUUUAUAGAUUCAGGGCUUUUUGAGUUCA